AUGGACUUCUACUGGACUGUACGCAGUCUGUGGCCAGAGGUCAGACCUCUGAUCUAUCAACAGAAAAACCUACAGGAGGUGAUGGACAAACUGCAAGACAGGAUCCUGGAGGAGACUGAGCCUUUCCAGAGCAGCGUGUCCCUGCAACCAGGUUCCUACCAGCUGCAGAAAGAGGGAGAGUCCUUUGGCCUGACGCUGGACACACACGGCUUCUCUCCAGAGGAGCUGUCUGUCAGACAGGUGGGCAGGAAGCUGACAGUCAGUGGGAAGUCAUAG